CCUUCCCCCUGCCCCCUCCCGUCGCUCCUUCUUCCCCCCUCCUCGCGCUUGGGGUCUUCGGAAUGUCCUCGUCCCGACAGCAGGCCAAGCGCCGGCACCGUGAUGCCGAACAGGGCUGGCGGUCCGACGACGACGAGUAUGACUACUCGGGCAACCAGCAGUCGGCUGGCGCUGGCUCGCAUGCCACUGAGUCUGAGUCAGAGCCAGUGUCGAAACUCUCGACCCAGGACCAGGAUCUGAUAGACCGCCUGGCUUUCGAGGAGCGUCUGCGCGCUCGCGACUCUGCGGCCACUCGGUCGACCGGCGAGUCGGAGCGUGACCGGCGCGAUCGCGAGGCCGCCCAAGAGCGCGACCUGAUCGCUCGACUGGAGGCCGACGAGCGCCGGCAGGUGCUGGAGCGCUCGCGGCAAAUCUCCCGGUCCAGCUACUUGGAAAAGCGCGUGUCGGACAAGUUGGCCGAAGCCGAGGCUCUGGCCCGGGCCGAGCGCCUGCUCUUCCGCGAUCAGGACCUGACCGAGCGAGAGCUCCGCCAGCGAGAGCUCCGCGAGCGCACCUUCCGCACGGCCAGCGAGCAUCACGAGCGAGUGGAUGCCGUCGAGACGGGCUAUGUUCUCCCCGACGAAACCACUUACGAGCCUGAAAAGGACCUCAAGCGCGCGCGCAAGAAGGAGGCCGAGCAGUUCCGCCGGUACACUUCCACCGAGAAGGGAGACACCGGGCGGUCGGCCUGGGAAGAUGAGCAGAUUGGCAAGGGCCAGCUGCGUUUUGGAGCGGGCGCUGGUCGGGCAGGCCCCGGCAGCUCGGGCCCCGCCGGCUUGCUCAUGUUGGAUGACCUCCUUCAAGGCGAGGACAUCGAGUUCGUUUUGGACCAGGUGGCCGGCGGGACACCGGCCGCCGAAAAGCUGACCCCGGCCGAGAUCGCCGCACAGGAGGAGAGGCACCGCGCUCGCACGAUCCGGGAGCAACGCGAGUCCCUGCCGGCCUUCGAGUAUCGGGAGGAGUUCCUCCGGGUGAUGGAGCAAAACCAGGUCGUGGUGCUGGUCGGUGAGACCGGCUCCGGCAAGACGACCCAGAUUCCGCAGUUCCUGCACGAGGCCGGAUACACCCGGCGUGGGCGCAUUGGCUGCACCCAGCCCCGACGCGUGGCGGCCAUGAGUGUGGCCAAGCGUGUGUCCGAGGAAAUGGGCACGCGCCUUGGACAGGAGGUGGGGUAUUCCAUUCGUUUUGAGGACUGCACCAGCGACCGGACUGUGAUCAAGUACAUGACUGAUGGAAUGCUUUUGCGAGAGUUCAUGACCGAGCCGGACCUGAAAUCCUACUCGGUCAUGAUCAUUGAUGAGGCCCAUGAGCGUACUCUGCACACGGAUAUCCUCUUCGGUCUGGUCAAGGACAUUGCUCGGUACCGUCCGGACUUGAAGCUGGUCAUCAUGAGUGCCACCAUGGACGCGGACAAAUUUUCGCGCUUCUUCGACGAUGCCCUCAUUUUCAAGAUGCACGGCCGCCGGUUCCCUGUGGACAUUUACUACACAAAGUCCCCGGAGGCCGAUUAUCUGGAUGCCUGCGUGGUGACCACGCUGCAAAUCCACCUGACCCAGGGCCGGGGAGACAUCCUGGUGUUCCUCACGGGACAGGAGGAGAUCGAAACGGUGCAGGAGAACCUGCAAAAGCGCAUGAAGGCUCUUGGGCCAAAGGCUCCGGAGUUGAUCAUCUGUCCGAUUUAUGCCAAUUUGCCCAGCGACAUGCAGAACAAGAUUUUCGAGCCGACGCCGGCCGGCUCGCGCAAGGUGGUCCUGGCCACCAACAUCGCCGAGACCAGUAUCACCAUUGACGGCAUUGUCUUUGUCAUCGACCCCGGCUUCUCCAAGCUCAACUCCUACAACCCGCGCACGGGCAUGUCGUCGCUGCUGGUGACGCCGUGCUCGCGUGCCAUGGUGAACCAGCGUGCAGGACGUGCUGGACGCGUGGGUCCCGGCAAGUGCUUCCGCCUGUAUACUCGCUGGUCUUAUGAGCACGAGCUGGAGGAGAACACCGUGCCGGAAAUUCAGCGCACCAAUCUUGGGAAUGUGGUUCUCCUGCUGAAGAGUCUGGGUAUCGACGAUCUGGUCAACUUUGACUUCCUCGACCCGCCAACCCCGGAAACGCUGAUCCGGGCUCUGGAACAGGUGCGCGCGUCCCCGGUUCCGUCUCGCCAUCUGCAUUUUCCCCUCGCCCAACUUAUUGUCACCAUCUGCGCCAUGUUGAGCGUCAACAGCUCGGUCUUCUAUGCGCCGAAAGACCGCAAGUCCGAGUCGGAGAAUGCCCGCCUGGCGCUGACACGUCCCCAUGGCGACCAUAUGACCCUGCUGAAUGUUUGGAACUCGUGGGUCGAGACCAACUAUUCGGUUCAGUGGUGCUUCGAGAACUUCAUCCAGUAUCGCUCGAUGAACCAUGCGCGCGAUGUGCGCGACCAGCUUCUCAAGCUGCUGGAGCGCGUGGAGAUCAAGCUUGUGUCCAAUGAGGAGGACGACAUUGCCAUUCGCAAGGCCAUCACAGCCGGGUUCUUCUAUCACGCGGCCCAGAAGAACAUCUCCGGCAAGGAUUUCCGCACCAGCAAGUCCAACCAAACUGUGCUCAUCCACCCCUCGUCCACCCUUCACAAGACGCCGGUCGAGUGGGUUGUCUACCACGAGCUGAUGCUCACCUCGCGGGAGUUCAUGCGCCAGGUGACGGAGAUCGACCCGACAUGGCUGGUGGAGGUGGCCCCGCACUACUACUCUGGCAGCGACAUCACUGGGUCCGAAACCAGUGGCAAGGGAUUCCAUGGCGAAAAGCGCCACAAGUCCUCGGGAAGCGCCCUCCGCUGA